GGCUGGCUACGCGUGCGCGGUGGGUGGAGCGCUCCUCUACCUUCUUUACCAGCCCAGGCUUUCCUAACCCUGCACAGCGCUGUGUGCUGCUCCUGUUUCAUUGCCCUGUCGCGCAGUGUCGCUGCCGCUGCGGAGUGGGCGUUCAGUUUUCGGUUCGUCAUGGCUGGCUACGAAUACGUGAGCCCAGAGCAGCUGGCGGGCUUUGACAAGUAUAAGUACAGCGCUUUGGAUACCAACCCACUCUCUCUGUAUAUCAUGCAUCCAUUUUGGAACACUAUAGUGAAGGUGUUUCCUACUUGGCUGGCUCCCAAUCUUAUAACCUUCUCUGGCUUUCUGCUGGUUGUGUUCAAUUUCCUCCUCCUGACAUACUUCGACCCUGACUUUUAUGCUUCAGCACCAGGUCAUAAGCAUGUACCUGAUUGGGUCUGGAUUGUCGUGGGCAUCCUCAACUUUGUUGCCUACACUCUAGAUGGAGUAGAUGGAAAACAAGCACGGAGAACCAAUUCCAGCACCCCAUUAGGGGAGCUGUUUGACCAUGGCCUGGACAGUUGGUCGUGUGUUUAUUUUGUUGUGACUGUGUACUCCAUCUUUGGACGAGGACCCACUGGCGUCAGUGUUUUUGUCCUUUAUUUCCUGCUAUGGGUAGUUUUGUUUUCUUUUAUCCUGUCUCACUGGGAGAAGUAUAACACAGGCGUUCUUUUCCUUCCAUGGGGAUACGACAUUAGCCAAGUGACUAUUUCUUUUGUCUACAUAGUGACUGCGGUUGUGGGAGUUGAGGCCUGGUAUGAACCUUUCCUGUUUAAUUUCUUAUAUAGAGACCUAUUCACUGCAAUGAUUAUUGGAUGUGCAGUAUGUGCGACUCUUCCAAUGAGUUUAUUAAACUUUUUUAGAAGCUAUAAAAGCAACACUCUGAAGCACAAUUCCAUCUACGAAGCCAUGGUCCCCUUCUUCUCUCCAUGUUUGCUCUUCACUUUGUCUACAGUGUGGAUCCUCUGGUCACCUUCAAAUAUUUUAGAAAUACACCCUAGAAUAUUCUACUUCAUGGUUGGAACAGCUUUUGCCAACAUCACAUGUCAGCUAAUUGUUUGCCAAAUGAGCAGCACAAGGUGCCCGACUUUGAACUGGUUGCUGCUUCCUCUCUUCUUGGUCGUGGCAACAGUGAUUGUAGGUGCAGCAACCUCCCGCCUUGAAAGUGUUCUCCUUUGCACACUUACGGCUGCCUUCACUCUGGCUCACAUCCAUUAUGGAGUACAAGUGGUGAAGCAGCUGAGCCAACAUUUUCAGAUUUAUCCUUUCUCAUUGAGGAAACCAAACUCAGAUUGACUAGGAAUGGAAGAAAAGAAUAUCGGCCUAUAAUCUUGAGAAAAUACUGUAAAUAGAUGCCUGUAAAUACUUCAUCCACCACCAGUGAACUAAAUGGAUCUGCUUGACAGACAUGGGCUCUCAGUGUGUGCUAUAUGGACAGCAAGAACAAAACACGAUCUCGGCCUGUGGAAUUGUGGACUUUCUAACUCCCAGCUUACUUUAUUUUAUUUUGUUUUUUUAUAGAACCAUGAGAUAUUUGUUUAAACACAGUGUACAUUAAACCAGCUAAAUGUUCCUAGCUUUAUGAGUCCAUGACGUUUUGACUCAUACAGAGUUGAAGAUGAUUUACUUUUAUGUUUAAGGUCCCCAGAUUGAUUCCGGAACACUAACAACAUUCAGAUAGCCACAGCAUGUCUUAGUAUUUGAUACUUUAUGGUAGGUCUUUAGCUGUGGGAAUGAUAGACAUAGAAAAGCGUCAAAAAAGUCUCUUCAGCCAGAGAUGCCAGUGACUCCAGAACAGUGUACAGGUUGCCAAAUCCUGGUUGCUCUCCAGUGAACUGCCUUUCCCACCUGCUGUGGAGGUUGUCUAGUAUCCUGGCUCUUACUAUAGCUAAAUCCCCAUAAAUGGGUUAAUUUUCUUUUAGAGUGAAAUGUUCUGCUGUUACUUAGUAGGGAAGGGGUUGCAAUUACAGCUGUCCAUUGUGGCAUAGUUCAUUGUCUAAUUGUGGCUGUUCCUCUCAGCAGUGCAUUGCUAGGAUUGGGUGCCUGUGAGCUGUGAUUUUUAAGAAUACAUGUGACAGUCCCAAUCUUGUGGUACUUACUUGUGAGGAUAUAGAUAAGGUACCUUGUGAGAGGACAUUUAAAAUGGAGUUAGGGGUCUCAGAGCUCCACACUGGCCACAGUUAGCACCCUGGCACCGCCUGUCCAGUCUUUCCUUGCUUUUCUACUUUCCUGGGGGUGAGCUGCUGUGGUUUUUAUUCUCACACAGGAUAAAGCAGAGAGGUAGUAUCUCUCCCCUGACUUGCCCACCUCCCUAUUUGAAGAAAGUGUUUGAUAUAUAUGCCUUACUGAGUAUUAACUUCCCUUAAUAUGACUCAAAAUAAUUUUUGAGGUUUACUGACAACAUGAAAAAAAUCCCUUUUACUAGAUUGUGGUUAUUUUAUAAAUCAUACCUUUUUAUGAAUGUGGAGAUUUUUUUCUUUGGACUUUGUCUUUAUUUUGUUUGUUGGUGGUGAAAUUUACUUGCUGAUUUUAUUUCCCACUGAGUAAGGUUUGUGCUUAAAUGAAGAGUGUGUCUUAAACCCUUUUGUUGGACAGGUUGCACUUGGAUAUGAUAGGCACCACUGUGUUGAUGUGUAAUUAAAUUCAUAACUUAUUUAUCUAUGAAUGUGACCAUCCUCAAGUAUUGUAGCUCAUUCCCUUGUUGAAUAUCUGUCUGCUGCUUUGUUAAAAACAAAACAAAACAAAACAAAAACAAAACCAUUGAUACUUAACAAAAACAUUUUAAAAUUCUAAUCACUGUCAUCCAGGCUGUUGAGUGAGUCCAGGAGCUAAUUUACAGUUCUGUGCUCAGGUUUAAUUUUUGUAAAGCUUACAUGUAUUUGGGGACAUUUUCUGAGACAAAAAAAAAAAAAAAAAAAAAAAAAAUAAAGCAAAAAUUGGUGAGAAGUUGAUGUGAAAAUGGAUAGUGAUUCUGUGUUCAUUAAUAAAUUGCCAUCAUGGAGGCCAGAAGGUAGCCGGUCUGCGCCCCAUGCUCUGCCUGACUUUGUUAGAAGGAGUCUGGCUAAUCAUUCUACUGUUUUCUUGACCUUGUACACAAGAAUAUUCAUUUGUAUAAAGGAAAAUGACUGAUAAAUAUUUAUAAAGUAAUGAGUUUGGACUCCAGGCUUUCUUCACCUUGUACAGUAGACUGAAGAAUCAUGUCCUAUAAUUUUGGGGCUCUUUUUUUUUUUCUUUUUUCUUUUUUAAAAUGUAUGUUCUCUUUAUUGCAUCAAGUGGAUUUGAAAAAAAAAUGUUCUGUGCCUUUUGUUUUUUUAAACAUGCCUCUGUGAUAGUAAAGAAUUCUGUUUCUGGUUAGUUUUGUUGACACUAUUGAAUGGAAGAGGACACUGCUGGCAAGACAGUGUUUUGGAGUCCUGUGCACUCAUGAAUCCCUCCUAGCCUACUCACAUCCUCCGUCCUUGGCGAUGCAUCUUGAGAUGUCCAUAUGUUGUAGCAGUACAGCAGCGGAUGUGGGGUUUGAUUGUCAGGAGCUCUGUGUGUCUCUGUCACACCCCUUCCUGUACACUUUCCCAAAUGUAAAAGGUACUGUUAGCUCAUGCGCACUAUUUGGGUGAGUUUAUCCCAGAGCUUUUCCCAGGCGACACAGAGCUACCCUUUGGGGAGCAGCAUCGUGGUUGGGAGCAUACACGCAUGGUUUCUGUACUUGAGGAAUAGAGGGCCUCACCUGGCUAGCCAUUUGCAUUGCUAUGCUGUUGGACCUAGCCACAUUACAGACACCAUCAGAAGUUUCUUUUCAGGUUGUGAAAAAGCCCAGUCAAGCUUGUCAGAAAAUAAUCUCCCUAUAUUUGAGAGAGUAAUGGAUACAAAACAUUAACAGUACUUGGAUAGAGGCUGCCAUCAGAUUGCUGAUCUUUCAAUGAUAUUUAUGAUUUUAUUGCAGUUCACUGUUUGAAAUUGCCAUAAUCACCGUCUUUCCUUCAAAAAUACUAAUAGUGUUUAUAGGUUUUAGAGCAAUAGAGUAACUUUGAAGUAAAAAUAGAACCAUUCUUCUUUGGCAUUUCAAUUAUUAUGAUUGAAAUACUUCUAAUUCCAGUUUUGAAAAGAAAACGUUGAGCAUGGUUUAGGGUGUUGCAGUAGCACUGCUGAUAUGCCAUCUGCUCGCUCCUGAGGCCUUGGAAGAGAGGUGUACAUCUGGGGUUAGCAUACGCCAAAUUACAUUAAGGGAAUAUGUUGUUGUCAGAAGGGUAUAGAAAGCACCUUGCUUCCUGAAGCCAACUUCAACUCCAAGACUGCUAGAGAAUAAACAGGUCAUUUGGAGGUGUUUAAGUCCAGGACCACUUUCUCCCUUUAAAAUGUCACUUGCAGCCUACUUGUAACUCUUCCUGUCAACGAACCAGCACCUAGGACAGAAACAGCUCGCUGCAUCCUGGCUUGGUUGCAGCCAGAUGUUGCCACAUUCGUAUGGUGAAUGCCUUUAAAUCUCUUGGCUGGUGAAGGAACUGGGACAAUGCUAGAGAAAGUUAAACCUGAGGUCUGCAGCUUUGAUUCUGGGUCUCCAAACUAGGCAGAAGCAGACGCAGCAAUUGAAUUGGUUGUGGAGAUGCCUGUGUGGGGGAGGGAUGCUCUCAUCAUGACUUACUUCUGGAUUUGAUCAAGUCCUCUUUAGGAACUCUGUGACGUCAGACCAGAAUUUUCUAUGUCCAAUGAAAUGUCAUUUUAAGGCAACAUGCCCUAUCUUGACCACUCAUUGUGGGUGAGUGAUCUUAUUAUAGUUCGCUGCCCCGUGCCAGCCUUCCAGAAAGAUUGUUAACCUAGCAUCUGCAUUGAAGCACUUUGCAUUUAAAGCAGCAGCCCUAACAGUAAUGUGGUGUUAAUUAGUCACUGCGAAACGUGAAUGUGUGAUGCUCUAGGAAUUUUAAAAAGCUAGCAUAAAUUUCUGCUUUUCCUUUAUUAAUUAUGUAACCCAGCAGCUUGUUCAUAUUAGAUGGUUUGUUUUUGUUUCUAAAUCGUCUUUGACAGUGGGACAAAUGGCUGACAUCACAGCAGGCAGUGACCUCAGGGUUUGUGGCGAGUCAUGGUGGUCUAACUUUUUAGAGAGAGGGAUAUGUCUGUGAUGAGCCGUGGGAAUUGGACUUGCUCAAGCUGACGUAUUUCCAGUGUUUUACAAACCAAGUGUAACUUACUUUCUAACCUGCAUGUUAGUGUGCUUUGCUCGAGAGAUGGUACGCCAGCAGGGUACCGUUUGACUCUUAAGCAGGGAUGUGUUCUUUUUAUAGAUAUCUGUUGAGCUCACGUUUAGGGUAGCACAAGGAAUUUUGACAUUUGCAGCUCUCCCACAGACAGCCCAAGCAAGGAGGUUUGUUCAUUCAGUGAGGAAGGCUGGGUUCCCAGCAUGGGAAGCACUACCCGGAAGGGUUUUAGAGUAUUUGACAGGGGCUUGUCUCUAGGAAAAUACCUUUGGGUGGAACAGAAAGGUUGUUCUGGGCUUUUAGAGUAUUGUCUUCCCUUUCAGAAAAUCAUUCUUUCUUAGAGAGCUGGUUAGAGUCAGAGUCCAGCUGCUUUUAUGGCAGUUGGACCAUGGCCAUUGAGAGUCUAAAAUAGGACAAGAAACUAGUGUCCUUUCAGCAGCACUAAAACGGAAAUCGGAAAUCAGAGAUAGUGGUAAGGCCAGAGAAUGACCAAGUACUGUGGGUGCUUUCUGUCACAUUGGCUAAGAUCUUUUAAGCAGUUUCUUUGGGUAACAAAGUAAUACUUGGAUUUUUUUUUUUCUUUUGUAAACAGAAGUAGUCCUCCAUGAAUUCUUGAUUGUGAUAUUGCUGGUGAGCACGCAGGUUAUAGAAGUGGCCUGUUUACUCUUGGCUACAUCACUAACCUGUUGAGAUUACCGUUGCUCAACAUCAGUGAGCCUCAGAGCUGCCAAGUCUGCUGUCUGUGUUAUCAUUUGAAUAUCCUCAUCAGAGCAGCCAUUUCAAAGAUACUCCGUUGUGUAUAAUGGUUAGCUCGUUUUAAAAUGUCCCAAGAAAGCAGAAUUCAGCAUCGAACUCCGAAUUUCAGUUAAAAAAACAAAAUCCACCCCCCCUUCCCCCCGCCUUUUUGGGCAGAAUGGAAGACAAUAAGGACCAAGGGAUGCAGGAAGCCAUGUGCUCUUUCCCUUCCUGCCUAACAACUUUGGAUGGCAACUGAAGAAAAGUAAAAGUACUUGCUUUUGUGAGUCAGGUUUCAUGUUCUACGCUAAGAACAGGCAGCAGGGCCUGUGUAGCCGGGGUUUAAUUUGGUGCCUUUAUGGAUAGACUUUCUGUAGUCUUCUGAAGCAAGAGAAUAAUUUCUUCCUGGAGAAACCACCACUAGAGUGGGUGGGGUGUGUUUGCCGCAAAGGAUGAAAAAGUAUACCAGAGAUGAAGAAAAAGAUAAAAUGUCUCCCCUUUGAAGUACUUUUAGUUGUAGCUGGCCUGAGUAGGACUUACAGUGUUGUGUGGCAUUUACUCUGGUUCCGUGCGCUCCGUAUAUUUACACGUUUACUAUGUACACCGUUCUCUAUGUAUAUAUGAUAUGUGGUAUCUAAUGGAGUUUACUCUUGAUUACCGGCCAGGUGGCAACCCUCCUUAGCUGUUGCUUUGUGUGGAUAGUGUGCCCAUGGCCCACAUGUAAAGCCACUUCCCCACCUGGAGUCAGCCUUUCCCCUCCAGGUCAUCUCAGCCCUGAGAAAGCCCUGAAAGUAUAUCACGUUCCACUUCCCUUUCACCGGGGAACUUGUGAGCCAGAAAGACUGGUUUCAAGAAUGCUGGCUGCUCUCUUCGGGGUUGAGGUUUCUGGGUCAGCCAGGCCCUCUUUUGGCCAGGAGGCAGCUUUGGGAGCAGUGUGCCUGUGGACACCAUCUAGGAGACAAGCUGAUCUGGCUGAAGCAGAGCUUCGCGCUUGCUUCACUUUACUGGAAUGUUCCAAGUCUUGUGACUCAGUGUACAGUAGAACACUCUGGGAUAUUUGAAUGUGGGCUUUGCAUUAUCUGUGUUACUGUUCCCCCUCAUCCCCCCCUCUUAGUCUGUAUAAUCAAGACAUGACUGUUUCUUGUCACCGGAUUCUGGAAACCUCGACCUUUGAACUGGAUUUAUGUUUGUGUUUGCUGCUUUGGACUCCAACAGUUAAAGCAGUAGGUUUUAGUUUUCAGUUG